AAACAGGACCCCCCCUUCUGAGAGAGGCGCAUUCCGGCGCUACUCACACACCAUUUGUGGGUACACUCCGCUCCACACACUUCACUAAUAUAAUCCCGUGUUAGGCUUUUUACCGUCGCUGACCCUUCCUCUCUUUUUCCCUCCCUUCUUCUUCCUCAACCACCACCAAGUCAUACGGUGAACCCCAUUUUCGACCGCCUCGACUACGAAGAAAGAUCCCCUAGAAAGCUACGCGACUGCCAAUGCAUCCGCAAAACAGCUACGACAAAUUCGCUUCAUUUCUAUUCCACCCCCAGAUGCUCAUCCCACCCCCCCAGUCCACACACCCCGACUACCUUCGCGAAGCCCGCGCUGACGCCGAGCGACGACGUGGCUCUGGCCUCCCUUGAAUCGGGGUGGGCUGAGCAUUGGUCCCUUCUUGAAUUCUGAAUCCCUUAGAUUUUAUUAAUCCGCUAAAAUUACCUACCUACCUACCCGCAACUCGAUCGAAAUAACCAACCGACCCCGAGGGCCGAGUACUCGUCCGCCCCGACCCCGAAACACGAUGCUCCCCCCAGCCGCUCCCGCGCUCACCACCGUGCGUGGUUUCGUGCCCACCCCGAUCGUGUCCGACGACGAGGACUCGAUCCACUGCAAGACCCCGCCUCUCUCCGCUCGCCGCAGCCGCCCAACCCGCCUCGACGAUGUGGUUAGCGCCAACUGCAGCCCCAUCCUGCGCGGCCGCAACUCGCCAGCCGUCAGCGGCAUCGCCAAGCUGCGCAUGCAGCUCGAGCCGCUGAGCCUUAACGACUCUCGCGCCAGCACCAUGAUACGGACUCGUAGCAACAGCCGCCAUCGCUGCCUGAGCACCUCCAACAAUAGCCAGAUCGGCCACAGCGACGACGACGUCUCCGAGAAUGGAUCUACUAGUUACGAGGUUCAGCUGGAGCAUGAUUUUGUCAGCGAGAGCCUGCGCGAGAAGCCCAAGUUCGGCGCCGUCGAGGGCGGCCUGGUGCCGAACCAGAAGAUGCAGGCCGACGACUUCGAACCGCUGCGCUGUCUCGGUAAGGGCACGUACGGCACCGUCCUGCUCGUCAAGCAGCGCGCCACAGGUCGGUUAUAUGCGCAGAAACAGUUUAAGAAAGCAUCCCUCGUAGUACAUAAGAAGCUCGUGGAGCAGACAAAGACGGAGCGGCAGAUUCUCGAGUCUGUCAAUAGGCAUCCCUUCGUCGUGAAGCUGUUCUACGCCUUCCAGGACCACGAGAAGCUGUACUUGAUCCUCGAGUACGGCCAGGGCGGGGAGCUGUUCACCCACCUCAACACCGAAAAGAUGUUCCCCGAGGCAGUUGCCGCCUUCUACAUGGCUGAGAUGGUCCUCGCCCUGUCCCAUCUCCACGACACCCUGGGGGUGGUCUACCGAGACCUGAAGCCCGAGAACUGUCUCCUGGACUCGCUGGGCCACCUGCUGCUGACGGAUUUCGGGCUGUCCAAGGUUGCCGUCGAAGAGGACGCGGGCUGCAAGUCUAUACUCGGCACGGUCGAGUACAUGGCGCCCGAGGUCGUCCAGGGCCAGAAGUACGGCAAGCCUGUCGACUGGUGGUCGCUGGGGGCGCUGGGGUACGACCUCAUGACGGGCAACCCGCCCUUCCGCGGCGGCAACCACGCCAAGAUCCAGCAGAACAUCGUCAAGCAGAAGCUCGUGCUGCCGUACUUCCUGGGCCCCGACGCCAAGGACCUGCUGACCCGCCUGCUGAGGAAGGACCCGGCCAAGCGCCUCGGCUCGAGCAUGCCCCGGGAUCUCCAGAUCAUCAAGAAGCACCGGUUCUUCCGGAAGAUCGACUGGAAGAAGCUCGCGGCGCGAGAGAUGGAGCCGCCGAUCCAGCCGAUGAUCACGGACCCCGAGCUCGCCGAGAACUUCUCGCCCGAGUUCACGGAGCUGUCGCUGAGCCCCGUCGUCAGCCGCAACCCGUGGAACGACCCGUCGCCGAGGGAGGGCCCUUUCAAGGACGACCCAUUUGGCGGCUUCAGCUUCGUGGCUUCGAGCAGCCUACUCGAGAACAACGGGUUCGCAUUCGACGAAAGGUCAGGUUGAUUGAUCUCUCUGGUCCGAUCGAAGAUCACGACCACGGCCGUAUUUACGGUCACAGUCGUGGGUGCGCGUGUGGAGGAAAGUGUUGGGCGAUUUUGGUGUUGAGUUCAUUUCUAGGUAUCUUUACCGCGGGAGUCUUGGCAGGCGAGGACGGCUCGA